GGGUGAGUGAGAGGAGAGCUCUUGUACUGACAAUAUAACAUUGUAAACAGGGCCCCAGGGAAAGAAGACAGAGCCCAACCCCUCCCUGUUGCUCCAACUGAGUCAGGAGAAGGUUACAGUGAGUUCUCUGCCCUUCAGUGAGUGACUAUGGCACUGUGGGCUGCUAUCACAUGGGGGUCUGUGCUGCUUCUGGUCCUGGCUCUGAUCUGCUUCCUCCUCUUCUGCGGAUAUGUACAGUAUAUACAUAUGAAGUAUGACCACAUCCCAGGGCCCCCGAGAGACAGUUUUCUGUUUGGGCAUGCUCCCACCCUGAUGAAAAUAGUGAAUAAAAAAGAGCUUAUCUAUGACCGUUUUGUGGAGUGGGCACAGACAUAUGGUCCUAUUUUGCGUAUAAAUAGAUUCCAUAAUGUGGUUGUUCUGGUUUUAACUCCUGAAGGAAUAAAGGAAUUUUUGAUGUCCCCAAAAUACACUAAAGGUCAAGUUUAUAAACCGUUCUCCGAAUUGUUUGGUGUAAGAUUCAUGGGAAAUGGUUUAUUAACAGAUAGGGACUAUGACCAUUGGCAUAAACAAAGAAGAAUUAUGGACCCUGCUUUUAGCAGAACCUACUUGAGAGGAUUGAUGGGAACAUUCAAUGAAAAAGCAGAGGGGCUGAUGGAGAAACUGGCAGAAAAAGCUGAUGGGAAAUCUGAGAUUGUAAUACAUGAUUUGAUGAGUAGAGUGACACUAGAUGUAAUAGCCAAGGUAGCCUUUGGGAUGGAGCUAAAUUCACUUCAUGAUGAUCAAACUCCCUUCCCCAGAGCAAUCUCAUUGACCUUGCAAGGUGUAAAGGAAUCUCGAAAUCCGUUUUUGCAGUACAUUCCAGGAAAGAGAACAUUUGUGAGAAACGUCAAGGAAAGCAUCCGGCUGCUCCGUCAGACAGGCACAGAAUGUAUUGAGAGAAGGCAGAAAAUGAUACAGGGAAAAAAAGAGAUUCCAACAGAUAUAUUGACGCAGAUCCUCAAGGGAGCAGAUUUGGAAGAUAACUAUGAUCUGGAGGCUUUACUAGACAACUUUGUAACUUUCUUUAUUGCUGGACAAGAAACUACUGCCAACCAGUUAUCUUUUGCUGUGCUGGAGCUGGCAAGACAUCCAGAGAUUUUGGAAAAAGUUCAGGCAGAAGUGGAUGAUGUCAUUGGGUCAAAGACAAACAUUGAGUAUGAUGAUCUUGGCAACCUACCUUACUUGUCUCAGAUCCUAAAGGAGACAUUAAGGUUAUACCCCACAGCACCUGGAACAUCACGGGAAUUGACAGAGGAAGUAGUUAUUGAGGGAGUGAGAAUUCCACCUGGAGUUACACUUGGACUGAACUCUUAUGUGAUGGGAAGAAUGGAGACAUUUUAUAAGGAUCCGCUCACCUUCGACCCAGAGCGAUUCAGUCCAGAUGCCCCCAAGCCAUACUUCACGUAUUUCCCUUUUUCCCUUGGUCCGCGCUCCUGUGUUGGUCAGGUGUUUGCCCAGAUGGAGGCUAAAGUGGUGAUGACUAAACUGCUGCAGCGAUUUGAGUUCCAGCUGGUUGAAGGACAGAGCUUUAAGAUUUUAGACACUGGGACCCUUAGACCCAUGGACGGGGUAAUCUGCAGAAUAAAGCCCCGAAGAGUCAAUAAAUGAAGUCAAUAAAAUAGCAGAUUAUCAACAUCAAGUUUUUUUUUAACAAUAAUUACUGACUUUCUAUUUUAUUUUUCUUAUAAACUGUUCUAGCAGCUACAUUUGAUAUGUUUUUAUAAGUGAAUUUUACAUGGUAGAGAGUUUUAUAAAGCUAUUGCAUAGAACCACAUAACUUCUAAUUGGCAAUAAGAUGUAGAAUAAAUGUUAAACCAUUUUAUAUACAAUUUUCUCUAUGAUGAUGAAGAAAAUAAAUGAACAUAAACAGAAUCACUCUAUAAAUAAAGUGGUUAAGAAAAAAUA